UUGCGGGCCCAUGUGGUGCGGAUAGUUCCAGAAGCAGAGCGACUCGUCCGGGUUAUUGAGGGUUUCAGUCCGAUCAGAGACAGAGACUGCCUCCAGAAGCAGAGCGACUCGUCCGGGUUAUUGAGGGUUUCAGUCCGAUCAGAGACAGAGACUGCCUCCAGAAGCAGAGCGACUCGUCCGGGUUAUUGAGGGUUUCAGUCCGAUCAGAGACAGAGACUGCCUCCAGAAGCAGAGCGACUCGUCCGGGUUAUUGAGGGUUUCAGUCCGAUCAGAGACAGAGACUGCCUCCAGAAGCAGAGCGACUCGUCCGGGUUAUUCAGAGACACAGAGACUGGCUCCAGAAGCAGAGCGACUCGGGGUUAUUCAGAGAGGUUUACAAUCCGCUCAGAGCCAGUGAUUACCGGGGCGCUGACCGGCGUGCACAGACAGGCUCCCUGUUAUUAAAAACCUCACAAGAGAAUCGGAAUAGUGCAUGCUGUCCUGUCUCGAUCUUUAGUCACGACAAAGAAUAACAACGCAUUUGUCGCGGAGUCGAGCCCUUUCUUUCCCUCAGCUAGCCCCAGAGUCUGACACAACCAGCCCGCAGACAUGAUGCUCAGUGCGGCCAGGACUGCCUCCCAAACUCUCCUGCUGACCCGGGCAGGCUGCGCAAGGAGCGGAGCCUCUCUCGCCACGAACAAGGGAUGUUGGAACGGACUGAGUCAAGAUGUCCUCAGAACAGUAUCCAGACGUGACUAUGCGUCAGAAGCAAUCAAAGGGUCAGUAAUAGGCAUCGAUCUGGGAACCACCAACUCCUGCGUGGCAGUGAUGGAAGGCAAACAGGCAAAGGUCCUGGAGAAUGCAGAGGGUGCCCGCACCACGCCCUCUGUUGUGGCGUUCACUGCUGACGGUGAGAGGCUGGUGGGGAUGCCAGCUAAGCGCCAGGCUGUCACCAACCCCAACAACACCCUGUACGCCACCAAGCGCCUCAUUGGACGCCGCUUUGACGACGCAGAAGUGCAGAAAGACCUUAAGAACGUACCCUAUAAGAUAGUCCGCGCUUCUAACGGAGACGCCUGGGUGGAGGCCCAUGGGAAGAUGUACUCCCCCAGCCAGGUGGGUGCCUUCGUCCUCAUGAAGAUGAAAGAGACAGCAGAAAGCUACAUGGGUCACAGUGUGAAGAAUGCUGUGGUGACGGUCCCUGCUUACUUCAAUGACUCCCAGCGACAGGCCACCAAGGAUGCUGGCCAGAUCUCCGGGCUCAACGUGCUGCGUGUCAUCAAUGAGCCCACGGCUGCUGCUCUGGCCUACGGGCUGGAUAAGUCCCAGGACAAAAUCAUCGCUGUGUAUGAUCUGGGAGGUGGGACCUUCGAUAUCUCGAUCCUGGAGAUCCAGAAGGGUGUGUUCGAGGUCAAGUCCACCAACGGAGACACCUUCCUGGGAGGGGAGGACUUUGACCAGGCCCUGCUGAGACACAUCGUCAAGGAGUUCAAGAGAGAGUCCGGUGUUGACCUCACCAAGGACAACAUGGCCUUGCAGAGAGUCCGGGAGGCUGCUGAGAAAGCCAAGUGUGAGCUGUCCUCCUCCCUGCAGACUGACAUCAACCUGCCCUACCUGACGAUGGACGCCUCGGGUCCCAAGCACUUGAACAUGAAGCUGACCCGCUCGCAGUUCGAGGGCAUCGUGGGCGAUCUGAUCCGCAGGACUGUGGCUCCCUGCCAGAAAGCCAUGCAGGACGCCGAAGUCACCAAGACCGAGAUCGGGGAGGUGCUGCUGGUCGGGGGCAUGUCCCGCAUGCCAAAGGUGCAGCAGACAGUGCAGGACCUGUUUGGACGCGCCCCCAGCAAGUCUGUGAACCCCGACGAGGCCGUGGCCAUCGGAGCCGCCAUCCAGGGGGGCGUGCUGGCCGGGGACGUGACGGACGUGCUGCUCCUGGACGUCACCCCCCUGUCCCUGGGCAUCGAGACCCUUGGGGGGGUCUUCACCAAGCUCAUCAACCGCAACACCACCAUCCCCACCAAGAAGAGCCAGGUGUUCUCCACGGCAGCUGAUGGACAGACGCAGGUGGAGAUCAAGGUGUGCCAGGGAGAGAGAGAGAUGGCAGCAGACAACAAGGUCUUGGGGCAGUUCACUCUGGUUGGGGUCCCCCCUGCACCCCGCGGAGUCCCCCAGAUCGAGGUGACCUUUGACAUCGACGCCAACGGGAUCGUCCACGUGUCGGCCAAGGACAAGGGCACCGGCCGCGAGCAGCAGAUUGUAAUCCAGUCAUCUGGCGGCCUCAGCAAAGAUGACAUCGAGAACAUGGUGAAGAAUGCAGAGAAGUACGCUGAGGAGGACAGGAGGAGAAAGGAGCGUGUCGAAGCUGUGAACAUGGCCGAGGGAAUCGUUCACGACACAGAAUCUAAGAUGGAGGAGUUCAAGGAACAGCUCCCUGCCGAUGAGUGCAACAAACUGAAAGAAGAGAUCGCCAAAGUGAGAGAGCUGCUGGCCAGAAAGGACUCAGAGACUGGUGAAAACAUCAAGCAGGCUGCGAGCACCUUGCAGCAGGCCUCACUCAAACUCUUCGAGAUGGCCUACAAGAAGAUGGCGUCUGAUCGGGAGGGCAGUGGUGGCAGCAGCAGUACUGGCACUGAAGAGAAGAAGGAGGGGCAGCAGUAGAGCCCCGUCCCAUGCUGAAUUGCCCUGAGGCAAGGGGCUGAAGAAGCUUGGGAGGGCGUCGCUCAUCUGCUCUCCUGAGCGAGUAACACUCACGAGUCAUUCUCGUAUACUGUGUUUUUGCAGUAUUCUAUACAUGGCUGAUUUUUCUGUUCUCUCAUAAUUUUGUAAUUUAAUAGUUCAGAAGUAUAUCUUGCCCUCAUUUUUAAAGAUUUUUUUUAACCAUGUUGUAAUUAUGAUACGUUGUCUGGAAUGUUGCUUUUCGGGGAGGAUAGACCUCGCUUUGUCUGGUCCUGUCUUUCGCAUACUUUUGUUUGAACUUAUUUAAAACCAUCAAAAGGGCCUGUACUGGAGACACUGUGAGGAGCAUCACACGAUGUGUCCGUUUCUGCUACCGUCCAGCUAGGAAUCUGCAGCAGCAUCAUAGUUACAAAGAAACAAGAAACUGCGCCCCUGAUGCGUGACACGUUCACACUGGAGCCCUCUGAGCUGCUGCCAUACUGCCCUGUAUUUAAAUAUGCAGUUCAUGUCUAUUCCAGACAAACUGUGUUCCUCUUGAUCUGUCUUAGUUACAACCCUCUUAUUUAUUGUAGUUUAAGAAAUUGGAUUUAUUAAAAUGAAUACAACGUAUGACCAGCUCUCAACUAAGUUUUGCUUAGUGCCAGGCUGGGCCUGUGGGAAGCACAGGCACGUUCGUGAUUGGAGCUCCAGUAGGGCCUUGUCACGGGUAUUUCUUCAUUGCAGUAUGGUGGGAUGUUGUCUGGGAUGCUGCUUGUUGUCUGUGCACAUUCUGCCCUGUGAUCAGUUAACGCUCUUGUGUUUGUAAAUUGCCAUGUAGAAAAAAUGGGGGUGCUGGGUGUUAAUCUGAACACAGAAUAAUAUUCUUUAGUUUCCUGUGAUCCCUCUAUCUGCAAGGAUUAGCGAAGCUUCAUCCCACAACAUUUUAUAACCACACUUAACAUGAGAGUGAAGCUUGUCUCUGUGACAACAGCCUGUGUAGGUUAGGUAUUCUGUGAGAAAAAUACAUGUCACACAUAUAUAUAUAUAUAAAAUAUGCGCGCAUAUGCAGAAAUCACUAGUCAAUAAAUGCAGUGUCUUUCUAGUGCUGAAAUCAUUCGAAUGUGAGUGUUUAAAGUUAGCGAUGAGCAGAAGUAAUAACUGAUCUCUUGAGUUUUGGUCCCUGCUGCACACUGUACGGGACUCUGAGCUGCUGAAGGUUGAGAGAGGGGGUUGAGCUAAUGGCUCUGGUUACACAUUAACAUUGACGAGGGGCUGAGGUCUAAAUACUGUGUUGGGAGUUCGGCACUCAAGUCGCAUCCUAUUUUUCUGCAACAUAAUAUAGUAACAAGAUUUUUUUUUUUUUAAUAAAAUCUGAGAUUCAAA